GUUCUCACUGUUUACAAAUAGCGCCCUCUAGUGUUACUGGGAAGUAACUUCAGCUUCAUGGUCACAUACACACACAGUGACGUGAGUUUGUCACAGCUGGGCAAAGGACGGAUAUGUUUUCAUGGCUGUCUAUAUUUAGAUGUCUGUAAUCCUCGUCAAAAAAACAAACAAACAAUAGGUGUUCUUGGUGGAUAAUCUGGAAUAAUCUCAGGGAAUAGAGAGAGUGAUGGGCUCGGUGAAAAAGGACAACAGACUGACGGGCUCUCAGAGCUUCAUGUGCAUCGGUUUCGCCGGUUUUUUCAGCAAGACGGUCACGUCGCCACUGGAGGUGGUGAAAAUCAAAAGCCAAGUGGGAACUUUCCACAGUAAACGAGGCCUUUGUCAAAGUUUCCUCCUCGUCUACAACAAUGAAGGACUUCGAGGCUUUUGGAAAGGAAACCUCGCCUCCUGUCUGCGGCUGUUUCCUUACAACGCACUUCACCUCACAACGUACAGAAAGAUAGUCCACCUGAACAUGGAUGAACUGGGCUUCAUCUCUCAGUGGAGAAAAGUUGACUACGUCUCAUCACAGGUCCGUAAAGAAAGGUCACAAGGGUCACUUAUUUCAUAUUUAUUGCACCAUUUCACCAUCAUGACCCUUCACUUUUAUUCCUCCUCCCAGGCUCAGAGUGCCCGCCUCCCACAUUGCGGUGGCGUUGACGUCCAUUUCAACGGGAUGAUCGAUUGUUUCGUUCAAGUUGUCAAGAACAAGGGUGUACUGUCGUUGUGGAACGGUCUGACAGCCAACAUCAUAAAGAUUAUCCCCUGUUUCGGCCUCCUUUACACCUGCUUUGAGAUGUGUAAGCAGGUUUGCCUCUACCGUAACGGGUACAUCGUCUCGCCUCUGAGCUCCCAGCUCGCACCGGGGGUGGACCAGAGCCUCGGGCCGCACGAGCUGCAGGAGGUGAAGCGUUACUUGAAAAACCGGAACUUUGGCUCAGGGGAGUCGUCCAUUGGAAACCGCUGGUGAAACGUUACGCCGACCACACGUGUGGUUAUUGUGUGGAUACUAUUAACUAUUAACUAUUUAGCGGAUGUAAUGUACAGGAUUAUGCACAAAAGGGUUGUAUUUCAGGAUUAAUGCUUCCAUAAAAGCAAAUAACAUGCAUUUACGUUAUUGUUUAUCGUCAGCAGCCGUCUACCUCUUUGAAAACAUCAUUUCACCGUUUUAACCAGAAAUACUGUAUAAUAUGUGCCUUGUUUUUUGUCAUUUAUUCGGGAGCUUAUUUGAAUAAUUGUUCUGUCAACAUCAAAUAGUGCCAUACUAUAGAGAUUAUAUUUUUACAGUACAAUGAACUCUACGUUCCAAGUGUGAGUGGGAUCUGGAAAAUCAUUGAUGAAAUGUGUUUAUGACAUUAAAGUGUUUCUUUUUUAAA